UCGAGAGACUGACGAAAGAUAGGCAUCUGUCCUUUUCUUGUGUCGUUCUUUCCGUCUUUUUUCCCCCAUUGGUGCAACCACGCAGGCUAGGAAUGAUGAGGACGAUAGUGAUGGUGGUGGCUAUGGUGAUCUUUCUCUGCGGCCGCAGCAGCAACGGCCCCGUGUCACUCGUGUCCGCUGACCCCAUCGGACCGCCAAAUCUCUCCAAUUGCAAUCCGAGCGGCAGUGAAUGCUGCCUUCCGUCUUCCACCCCGUCCACUUUCAUCGCGUUGAACUCUUCCACCCCGCUCCGCACACGCCGCGCACUCCAGACCGUCCUCCAGGAUGCACCGUACCUCGCCAGACUCAAUGCUGCAUACGCAACGCUUCGGAGACUAGAGCGCGACGCUCCCAACGACCCUCGAGGUCUUGAACAGCAGCGCAAACUUCACUGCGCCUUCUGUUCCGAACUAGUCUAUGGCAGUGAAUACAACAUGCACGGCAACUGGUUCUUUCUCCCCUGGCACCGAAUGCUCCUUUACUACCACGAGCGCAUUCUUGCCUGGGCGACAGGUGAUGCCUCUUUUGCCCUGCCCUUUUGGAAUUGGGACAGCGAUGCCGCUGCUCAGAAGGCCCUCCCCUCUUCCUAUGCCGACACCACCUCCGCUCUGUACUCAGCAAGGCGAAGGGCAGCAGCUGACAUCCAAAGCAUGAUUCAAAGCGAAAUCACAGGAGACCAACUCUUCAUGAAUUUCGGUGACGUGCCGGAAUCGGAUAGCGUCAUAGGGACGGCGGGAGGUAAUGGAAAUCUUGAGACUUAUGGACAUAAUCAGGUGCACAACGCCGUUGGGCCAAACGGCAGCCCCGACAUGGGUAAUCUAGCCUGGGCGGGUUACGAUCCUGUGUUCUAUGCUCACCAUGCCAACGUGGACAGGAUGUGGUCCGUGUGGAGGCAGUUGCCGGGCAGAAGUGAUCCCACGUCAGCGGAUUUUCGCGACUCAAGGUUCGUCUUUUACGACGAGAAUGCCACCGCAAGGAUCAUCGCAGUGUCAUUCGUCCUCGAUCACGCGACCAAUCUGAGGUAUGUCUAUGAGAAUGUGCCCAACACUUGGACCACCAGGGCGGAACUUGGGCCCAGUCGUACAGUUGCACACAAUGACGUGCCCGGAGGGCCGCCGCUAACAGUUCCUCAAACUUACCGAGCCUCGGCGACUGUCUCUGCUGAGGACCCCAACGUCGCUACUGCAUUCGUGCAGUCUCCCGACACUACUCCCCGGCGUGGGGCGAUACCGGAACUGACCCUGCGCAACGUUGCUCACUCAAAGGGUGAGCCCUUGGCGCUAUACGUGUUCAUCAACCAGCCUGAUGCCGGCGUUAACACCCCAAGGGCGGGCAAUCCCAGAUAUAUCGGAGCUCGUUUCCUCGUGGCGGGAGGCAUGAGUAUGCCAGUCUCCUUCACAUUCCCUAUCCGGAUAUGUCUAGAAGGUCUCAAUCUGUCGUUGAGCAGGAAUUUCACCGUUCAGGUGGUGCGAGGCGUGGAAUUCGGAGCGACGAAGCGUCCCUUGUCUAUCCAGUCCAUAGAUUACGUCCAUGACCCACAGGUGUAGAGGCUGCUUCAUACCUCCUCCGAAAAACGCUGGAGUGAUGCUCUCUCUCUCUCUCUCUCUCUCUCUCUCUCUCUCUCUCUCUCUCUCUCUCUCUCUCUCUCUCUNCUCUCUCUCUCUCUCUCUCUCUCUCUCUCUCUCUCUCUCUCUCUCUCUCUCUCUCUCUCUCUCUCUUUUUUUUUUCAUCCUUAGGAGAGAUUGCUGCGAGCGAAAAAUUUACGGUUUUCGUUGUCGUCGUUCUACUCAUCCUCCCAGUGUCGGCUUUAGGAAAUGUACGGGCCACGAUUUUAGGAAACGUACGGGCCACUACAGGAGCUCCCAGAUUCAUACCAGUAG